UAGUAGUCUGUGGUUAUCUAUCUGUCAGACAAGCGUGCAUGGUGAUAACACGCACGCUUUGAGGUUAUAUCUCAAACACGCUUUAUUUUGCGACACUUUAUUUGUAAAUAAUGUCGUUCCGCGGUAGAGGUGGUGGCGGAGGCGGUCGAGGUGGUUACGGUGGCGGCGGCGGCGGCGGAGGUCGUUUCGGCGGACGGGGAGGCGGCGGCGGCCGAGGCGGCUUCGGCGGUCGCGGCGGCCGGGGCGGACGAGGCGGCGGCGGUGGCUUCAGACAGCAGGACCAAGGCCCUCCAGAGUCCGUCAUCCCCCUCGGACACUACGGCUGGACAGUACAAGACGACUUAGUAUGCAAGGUUGACAUAGAAGAUGUACCAUACUUCAACGCGCCCAUCUUCCUCGAAAACAAGGAACAGAUCGGUAAAAUUGACGAGAUAUUCGGCAACCUCCGUGACUACUUUGUGUCGGUUAAGAUGAGUGAUAACUUCAAAGCUAACAGUUUUAAAGAUGGACAGCAGUUUUACAUUGAUCCUGCAAAGUUGUUGCCUCUGAAGAGGUUCUUGCCACAGCCGCCUGGUGCGAAGAGGGGUGGCGGUCGCGGAGGCGGACGGGGAGGUCCUCGUGGUGGUCGUGGCGGCGGCGGGUUCGGCCGUGGUGGUGGCGGCGGCCGGGGCGGUGGUGGCGGCUUCGGUCGCGGCGGAGGCGGGCGCGGAGGCUUCGGCCGGGGUGGCGGCGGCGGCUACGGAGGCGGCGGCGGCGGCGGAUUCAACAGAGGAGGUGGCUUCAGAGGUGGACGAGGAGGCCGAUAGCCUUGUGGUGGUUAGACAAUGGAUAUGUGCAUUUAGAAAUAAGGACCUUGUGUUAUGUCUAUUGUUAAGGUUGACCUGUGAAGGGAUGUAUGAAAGAGAUGAUGUUAUGAGAAUAACUUGGUGGAUAUAUCUGUUAAUGUUUGGUUA